AUGGAUGAGGAGAAGGCUUCAAGGCAACACGUUGAAGCUAUCAACGAUGAUGGCUUUGUUGAUCAACGGCCUCCGGACUCCAAUGUCAAUGUCAUGGGGACAGUGAAACUAACUGAAGAUGCCAUUGUUUUUAUCCCUAGUCCCACAGCAGAUCCACGAGAUCCAUUAAACAUGCCCAUCUGGCAGAAGACAGUUAUUCUUCUGGUUUUAUCUACCUUUUCUACACUAGGAGUCGCUCUAGUCUCCGGGUUUGGAGGUCUAUUGAACUUUUAUAUUCCCGAGUACGUCGCCGCUGGGAAAGACGAUGGGGAUAUAACGAAUUUGAUGACAUAUCCCACUCUUUUCAUGGGAAUUGGAAACCUUGUUGGAAUGCCUAUCGCUAUCGCUGUUGGUCGUCGUAUCGUCCUCCUAGUUUCCACGCUUAUUCUCGUCCUCGGGGGAAUCUUAUGCGCCUUAUCAGCUACAUACGAAUGGCACCUUGCUGCUCGAAUGGUAUUGGGGCUAUCUGCUGGUCAGAGUGAAGCUCUGGUCCCUAUGAUCACCCAGGAGAUAUUCUUCCUCCACGAGCGCAGCAAGUCACUUAUGCUUCAACAAACCAUGCAAGUGAUUUUAACCACAAUUUGGGUUAUCUUUGCCAGCCCUAUUGCUGGGGCCAUUACGCCUCAAUGGUGGUAUGGGCUGGGGGCUGUGCUGGCUGGUGCACAGUUCAUUGUAGCUGUGCUCUUCCUGCCUGAAACAAAAUAUGAUCGCAGUUUAUCAGCCUACCAAGAAUCGUCAAGUGAUAGCGCGUCCAGUACGGAUUUUGAGGCCAAAUUAGGCAAACCAGCCUAUCUCGUAUGCAAGAAAAAACCGCCCCUUGACUAUGUCCAUUAUCAGCCUCGGACCUGGAAAUCAGACAUGCGACUAUGGAUUGGGAAGCCAGAAUGGGGUAAAGCAUUGGAUGUCUUGAAACAAACAUUCCUCCUCCUGUUCUUCCCCAAUGUUUUAUGGGCUUUAUGUCUAAACGGCUUGACAAUUGGGGUCAACAUUGCCAUCCAGACUACCUACAGUACCAUCUUAACUGUAGCCCCCUACAAUUGGCCAGAUACCAGCGCCAGCUAUGUAAACACUGGUCAGAUAGUCGUCGCCCUCAUAGCCCUCCCUCUACUCGGUACAGGAUCAGACGCCCUAGUCCGUCGAAAAGCGCAACAAAACGGUGGCAUCCACGAACCAGAGAACCGAAUCAUCCCAUUAAUCCUGCCCGUCAUUGUUGGUUCUAUCACGGCAGUACUGUACGGGCAAGGGGGUGCUCAUCCAAACAGCUACCACUGGUUCGUGUACGUUUGGGCAGUGGCUGCGUACUACUUUGCCUUCGUAGGUGCCAAUAUUGUUGCUAUUACUUACCUCCUAGAUAGUUACCCGACACGCGCGGGUCCAUUACUGGUCAUCAUUUGUGCCUUUCGAGGAUUCAUUUCUUUCGGCACCAGCUAUGGUAUCUCCCCGUUUGUCAGUACACAUGGAUAUGACGGGGCAUUUGGGGUUUUCGGUGCUUUAACAGGCGCAUUGGGUUUACUGGGUAUCCCCAUUUACCUUUCGGGGAAGAAGAUUCGCCAGUUGACGGGGAGGUUUGCUAAGAGCAAAACGGACUGA